UAUUUGCUCGUCGGUUAGCGGCGAAUAUGGAUUAUCAGGCGUUAGUAAUCUGGCUUCUGCAAAUAAUCUUAUUCGAUAGUGGUUAUAUGAAAAGGGAUGUCUGCUCCCCUUUGGUUAGACGAAUGUACGACAGAGAAAUUGAAGACGUGACCAAGACCGAAUUGGAAGGAGAAUGGACAUCAGACAGGUGUGAAGUACGAUCGGGACCGGAAUAUAUUACCCGGAAAUAUACAGUCUAUACUAAUGAUAUCUUCGAUUUCACUCAAUUCUAUUAUGGUGACGCCGAUUGUACGCAUCCAAUAUUUAGCAUAACAUCUCAGGGAUCAUGGACUGUUUCGUCGAAAUCAAGAAUCAUAUCGCCUGGUAUCUACAAUUCAGACUACCGUUUGUACCGGGUUGUAAUGAUGGCUUACACAGAAGAAGUUGCGGCGAAGUUGUAUUCGAUUAUCAAUUCGACGUGUUCUGAAAAGAUAUGGACUAAAGCUUGGCAUCCACGAGAGUCUUAUGUCAUUUUACAUUAUGUCGAGCAUCAUGACAAUACGAUCGACUACGAUUGUACCUUUUCAUUCGAUUUUAGUCUGAACGAAUUACAGUUGGUCAGAGUGGAAAGUUCGGUCGAGAAUAAACAAUCUAUCAAAAAGCUUCUAUUAGGAGACGUUCAUACACAUAGGAAGAUCAGGAAAGGAUAUAGGCCUACAGCUUUUCAAGCUCCUCUCCUGUCUGCCAACACGAAAAAAUGCUCAGUCUGCAAGGUCAUUGCAAAAUCGGAUAUUAAAAGACCGCCUAUUUUGCAUCAUCACGGUAGAACGAUAGCUUGGGACUCAUUAACUGGUGAAUGGUUUAGCGAAAGAUGCGAGUCGAGACCUGGUUUCCAUUUCUUAACGAGAAGACUAAGUUUUUCUUCGCAUGGCGAAUGGAGAGGCUAUUAUCAUUAUUAUUCUGAUGUACUUUGUAGAGAUCCUCUAUACACAAUCAAGUUUUAUGGAAGUUAUAAGAAAUUCGAUUAUCAUCGUCAUAUGAAAGCUGUAAGAAAAUUAGUCUUAAUUGCCAAAAGGGGAAGUUUAAAGGUUGAAGAUCAACGCAUAUCAGAUAGUGUAAAUAAUCCCCUACAAUCACCUUGCGGUAUUCGGGGUAGUUGGAAAGUUGGAGUGGAACAGGAUAUUACAAAAUAUCACGGAUGCGCAGCUCUGGGUAUUGCCCUGCCUUUUCAAAAACGACAAAUUGCAAGAGUUCAAAGAAUUCAUCACCACACAGAACUACUAAUGGGCGAAUGGGCGACUUCGUCGAACAAACAUAAUUAUACACCAACUAGUUUCCAACCUCCUUUAAAAUAUUGUGGAAAAUUCGAAAGAAAACUGGACAAAAUGUCACCUAAUUCAGUAAUAAGUAAACCCUACUGGGGCCCAAUGGGUGGUGCCACCUGUUGUAUAUGUGAGAAAUUUAUUGUUCUGCUUUUAUGUUUCCUUUCUUUACUUUUUUAAAAGAUUCUUGCCAUUUUUUCACUGUUGUAUAGAUUUACAUUUCCAUUUAUUUGUUGUGUAAAUAAGAAAAGUUCCUUUCCCUUCUUAAAGAAAUGCUAUAUUUAUUGUUAACUGCUUCACUAUACAACUAAUUAGUUUGUAUAAUGAUUAUAAUGUCCAGCUGGUAGAACGUAUGAGUAUUUUAGAGUUUCUAUUCGUUUAAAGAGAAAAAAAGACUGAUAGGGGAAUACAAAAGUAUACUGUCA